AUUUUUAGACAAUGUACAUCAGAUAAACAUAAUCAAAUGAUUACGUGUGAGUUUGACAAAUAAGAUGUGGAGCCCUAAUAACCUUAAACGCUUGCAGACGGAUACAGAUGGAGAUUGCCAGCACAUAUUUCUUGAGAAACGACAACGGGCGCUGCGGAAAAAACGUAAAAAAGUCUCAGCACCAAACUCUGAACAGUACAAUUUGGGAAAUUCUCAUCCAUCUUCACUCGUAUCUUUGCCUGGUAUAUCUAAGAAGAGAUUAACAAGGAAGUUGGGGACCUUAUCUAAUGGAGUCCAGGGUUCAGUACCAGCCAUUAGGAAGAUACAACAGAGACUAGAUCAGGAUCUGGAACAUAGACGGAUUGACCUUAACUCAUUCAAGGGUCCGGCUGUAUACAGAAACCUCCCUAAACCUGCUAUAUUUGAGGAAGCUGUCCCCAAAAACAGAGAGUGUGUACGUGACCAGCCGAUAUUUGCUCCCCAAGGUAGAUCACGGCUAACUCACAGGGGAAAUGCCUCAUCACGUGACUCAUCACGUGCUAUAUCCCGUGACUCUUCAAGAGGUAAGUCACGUGACUCUUCUAUAGAUCCUGAGAUGGAGAGAGUGUUCAGACAGAUUAACGAGAAGUUAUCAGCUACCAUUUCUCAGACCUGGCCCAGUGUCAGCUAUGAGGAUAGGUUACAGGCAACACUCAACAAACAAAUUACGGAGAGGUUUGCAGCACGUGCUAUGAGACAGACUCCCCCACGUGUUAGAGAGAAAGAGAGUGGAGAGGAUGAGGAACAUGACAGUAGAGGUAGUGGGGGCAGCUCUACUACACUCUCUAAACCUUUCUCUUCUUGGUACAUCAAUGGUGAAACAGAGAGUGCAUCUGAUUUCAACAAGAGUUUCUGUCGAACCAUAAAACGGACAUUCUUCAAACCACCACAAACUAGCCCUGACCAGGACCACCGCGUGACGUCAUCACAUAAUCACGUGACGUCAUCAGACCCAACCCACGUGACGUCACCGACCUAUGAAAUGUAUGACAGUGCUGUUAAUGUCAGCGCAAGUGCUCUGGAGCUGUUUAAAACUCAGCCAAAGUUGGGGACAACGGUUGAUAGCGGCAGGGGAUCAGCAACUGAUUUUCUGGAUACAAUUACCGACGGUUAUGAUCCUUAUAAUUACCACAUUCCUGACACUCCUGCCUCUCAGCCUGAUCUUGUUGUACGUGGAGUAAAGAAAGAUUUUAUCGACGUUGUGGAUAACCUGUAUCACGACGAGAUUAUGAAGGAGCAAUACCAGCAUUCCUCCCUGUCCAAACCUCACGUUACCUCUCUGAGGAAACAACCAAUCAGUGAUCAGUAUUCUAGUCACGUGAUUAAUCAAAAGUCGAUGAGAGACCAAUAUUUUCAUUCAAACAAGGAGAAUAAAGAUCCUAAUGGUGGGCGGAAACGUGUCCAGAAAAAUAAACAAUUCUACUUAAAGAAAGAGUGGCUUAAAUAACGUAUUAUGUAAUGUAGUAUUUAGGAGUACUUUUACACGAUUAUUAUAUACCAUAUAAUAUAUUGUACCAUAUAUAUUGUAUACAUUACAGUGUUAAAAUUAAAUGAUAAGACACGGCAUGUGUUAGAUUGUGUUAACUUGAGUGUACAAUGGGGAUAUGUAUUAUGUACCCUGAAUAUAUACAUUAUUACAACUACUAAAAGCUGUUUGGAACGUUCUGUUGUUGUAACGAGUCCAGUUAACUUUACUUUGCCAUAAAAUGAUAACAAUAUUUGUAAUGAUAAUUAGAGGGGAUUUUUUUCAAUCUGUACUGUUUAUGAUAUUGCAGUCAACCAAUUUAAAAGUUAUAACUAUAUAAUACAUACAUGUGUAUAAAAUUGAUAAACCCUCAGUUUUUUCCGGGGAUUCAAUGAAUCAUAAAUUCAAACUAAGCUAUAUGACCUGAGUAUUGAUUCGCACAGCUACAUUAUAAUGUACACAUGUGGCAUCAUGCCUCUGUGCAAUCAAUAUAAGAGUGUAUUUUUGUUUAAUUAUUAAUGUUAUUGAAACUUUUUGAGUUUUCCUGGUAGAUUGUAUUUUCCAUUUCUUUUUUCAAUGAUAAUUAAUGAACUUAUAAUUUUUUUGAAUGAUAAUCGCCAAGUUUAAUUAAAAAGAUUAACCGAUGCAAUAUUUGUUUUGCAUAUUUACUUUUACUUUUUGCGUUGAACAAUCUAAAUUGAGUUAAUUUAUUUUAAAAGAUUCUUCCGUGUAUGUUAAGAUCGUGUGUGUACGUUUGUUAAUAUUUGUAAAUUAAUCUAAACUUUCUACUGUUCAAAUUAUAACGUUUUAUUUUCUAUCAGU